CACAGCAGCACUGGUUGACCAUGGACAACUUACGGAAUCUGUUCGGCCAAGUGUCCGCCAUGACGUCAAUGAAACCAUCAACGGCGAGCCCCUCUUUUUCGGUGUCGUCGUCAGCCUCGCCAGUGAGUGGCAGCGUUGGAGGGGCCGGUCGAUCCGGUUCUGUCGGUGGAGGAGUUAAUGGAACGAUGAGAACUCAUAAAACGGCCGAUCGGGACAGUUACUACUACAUCAUGUGGCGUUCCUAGUACUUAGGAGGGAACGGUUUUGCACACUCUACUUCCUGUCAAGUUUCGC